AAAACAAAACCUCUCCACAUACAUGUCCAUUUCCUUCUCUUUAGCCUUUCCAUUGACCCCUUAAAAUAAUUGUAGCUUCUCGUCCUUUCCCUCUCUCGCCAUGUUCACACAUAACAAAACAUCCACACUAUUUCUCAUCUUUAAAUUCAGAAAACCCUAAUUAUGAGUUUUGUUGAUCCCUAACCUUAAAUUUCAUUCAAUUCUCUUUGUUUUAAUCAAGGAUCAAUUUCCUUAAUUUUUUUUUAUAUUGAAGAAAAAUUUGGGAUUAAUGGGUAAUCAAGAUCAGGAUAUGUCAAUGGCAAUCUACAAAAAUUCGAAUUUCACGGGAGGUUGCUUAGAAAUCCGUUUGUUUUACGUACGGAUCACGCCAUGCGCGGUUGAUACCCUACCGGACCACCUCACACUCCGCCACCUCCGCCGUGAGAUGGGUGUGUUGUUAGAGAUCAACAGUUCUCGUAUUCCGGCCACUGAUACAGCCUCCAUAACCCUCCGCCGUGAUCGGGUUGACAAGGAAUCGUCGGAGGUUACGUAUGUGAGCACGGAUAGCGUUAGGGUUUCAGGGCCGGUGGAAUUCGAGGUACAUGAAAAUGAAAAGGAAUUAAUACUUUGUGGAUCAUUGGAGAGAUUAGAGACAACGUGGGCUAAUGGUAAUGUUCUAGAGAAUGAUUCGAGGAGUGCAUGGAGCAUGGAUUGUUACCCAACAGCAUCAUUUGGGAACGAUGGAUCAGCUUUUGUUCAGCCCAAAUUUGGGGUUUCUUCACCAUCAAUUGAGGUUUAUAUAGCGGGUUGUUGUUCGGGUGUCCCUGUGAUUCUAACCAAGACAAUUCAGGUCAUCCCGAGAAGGAAGUUACCUAGGCAGGGCAUGUUGGAUGCAAUUCCAGAGGAUGAGGAAGAUGCGAAGGAGCAGGGGAGCUCGAAUGGAUUUGGUCGACAAAUAAAACCAUUGCAGACCACAGAGGAUAUGGACGAUAAUGAGGUGGAACAGAAGGCUGGAUAUGGAUUCUAUUCAGAUGACAUGUACCCUGGUGAAGAUGGUCAGCUCACCUGGUUCAAUGCAGGAGUGAGGGUUGGUGUCGGGAUAGGCCUCGGGAUGUGUGUUGGUGUCGGAAUCGGGGUGGGACUACUUAUGCGUUCUUAUCAGGCAACCACUAGAAAUCUGCGGAGGAGGUUUUUCUAGGCUUCUAACUUUCAGUCAUAGAGAAAUUGACUUCUUAACUGGAUUUCUAACUGGAAGCAGGACCUAUAUGGUCAUUAAAGUAGCGUCACAUCUUAGUGGCAGCAGGAAAAGGAGAGGCACCUAGUGCUGCAGCUGAAGAGUGGUUACAUAAUCAUUAGAUGGUGGGAGGCCCUAAGGUAGUUCAUAUCCUUGAACAGAAGCUUAAGAAGACCUCCAUCCAAGGAUCAUCUGUGUUGAGUGUGUACAAAUGCCCCAUCCCGAGAAGCUGUGUCAAUGUGUUCAUAUGCUGUAUUUAGAACUGGAUAUCUCGUAUAUAUGUCCUUUUUUUCUUUUUUUCCUGGUUGGUUUAAUGCAUCAGUUUUGUUGUUGGUGUGUGCUGAAGUUUGUUAUUAAGUUAUGAAGAGUUGAUAUUCAUCAUACAAUUUUGGUAGUUGGAGUAGGUGGUUCGGUACAACAAAUUUAGUUUGUAAAUGUAUUCGGCAGAUUGUUACUCUACUACAAUAACAGCUUGUUUGGAUUGGCUGUUGCAUAUUGUUGUAUCAAUGUAUCGUGUUGUAUUGUAUUUUACAAUAUUUAGAUUGUGUCAAUUUUUGUCAAUA